GAGCCGUCGCGGAGCCGCGCAGCCCUCGGAGCACGACGGUUGAUGAUGAAGCGCCGGCCGUGUAAAUGAAGAUCGGGUGAGCAGCAGGACGAUGCCCAAGGGUGGGUGCCCUAAAGCACCACAGCAGGAAGAGCUUCCCCUCAGCAGCGACAUGGUGGAGAAGCAGACUGGGAAAAAGGAUAAAGAUAAAGUUUCUCUAACCAAGACCCCAAAACUGGAGCGUGGCGAUGGCGGGAAGGAGGUGAGGGAGCGAGCCAGCAAGCGGAAGCUGCCCUUCACUGCGGGCGCCAAUGGGGAGCAGAAGGACUCGGACACAGAGAAGCAGGGCCCUGAGCGGAAGAGGAUUAAGAAGGAGCCUGUCACCCGGAAGGCCGGGCUGCUGUUUGGCAUGGGGCUGUCUGGAAUCCGAGCCGGCUACCCCCUCUCCGAGCGCCAGCAGGUGGCCCUUCUCAUGCAGAUGACGGCCGAGGAGUCUGCCAACAGCCCAGUGGACACAACACCAAAGCACCCCUCCCAGUCUACAGUGUGUCAGAAGGGAACGCCCAACUCUGCCUCAAAAACCAAAGAUAAAGUGAACAAGAGAAACGAGCGUGGAGAGACCCGCCUGCACCGAGCCGCCAUCCGCGGGGACGCCCGGCGCAUCAAAGAGCUCAUCAGCGAGGGGGCAGACGUCAACGUCAAGGACUUCGCAGGCUGGACGGCGCUGCAUGAGGCCUGUAACCGGGGCUACUACGACGUCGCGAAGCAGCUGCUGGCUGCAGGUGCGGAGGUGAACACCAAGGGCCUAGAUGACGACACGCCUUUGCACGACGCUGCCAACAACGGGCACUACAAGGUUGGCAUCCCCCCGUUCUUCACACAUCCGGCCUGUCCUGGCAUCUGGGUGGUUCUGUAGCUUUGUUUCCCCGUAGCUAGCCGGUUCCAUGAUGUGGGGCACAGGAAAGCGAGUUUUCACCUUGCCCACCCUGAAGGCCGAGCUGUGCCCUCUGUCUGCCCCCAGCUUUCCCCUCCUGGGUCAGCCUGGACGGCCUCUCACAGGUUUCCCAGCAAGUGCCAUCUAUGAAAGGCUCGUAUCCGCCAGCCAUGUAGGUCUGGUUGGAUUUGAGCAGGUGAAGGAUUACACCAAGUGGAAGGAGGCCUGCAGGAGUUGUUGCCGGUCCCCGUCACCACUGUGGGACUGUUAGACCUGCAAGGCAGACCCACCCUCGUCCGGAAUGAGGUAACACCAAGAGGUGUGGCCAGUGCACAGAACCAUAGACUCAAGCUUUAGAAAGUGGCCAUUGCGGCCGGCCCAGGAGCAGUGGGCACUGAGAGGUCUCAGCCUCUGUGGGGGUCGAGAGAGGUCGUGGUGUGCCUGACAGCCCCGUCCUGCCGGAAAGCAGGGGUGCUGCCUGGAGAUGCGGCGGGUCUCACUGAUGUCUUCACCAGAGCUCCGUGGAGAGCCCCUGGUUGCAGGCAGGACAGCAAGGCUGAGGGGUCACACGGGGCCACAUCUGCCGGUGCCCGUCGUGCUCCUCUGCAGCAAGCCCAGCCUGGCCAUUGCGGGAGGUCCUGGAGCCCACAGUGCCUUGGCCUUAAAGAACUCACUUGAGAAACGGCUUGUUCCGGUGGGGUGGGGGGUGGAUUGAAGACUCUGAGACGAGCAGGGAACUCAGAACACUGAGUCCCUAUUUGAUGUUAAAAUAUGACCGUUAAACUUCUGGGUAAGAUAAUGAAUGGCACUAUGGUUUAUACUGUUUCUGUUUUAUGGGCUCUUCCAGAGACGUGAACUGGAAAAGGCUCUGCAGUGUCUGGGAUUCGCUCAGUGCUGCAGGGGAGGGCAGGUGUGAGGGGAAUGGCCCUGGAGGGUGAUGGGGCUGGGGCAUCUGAUGCAGCUUUAUACUUCUGUAAUUACCACUUUUAAACUUUUUAUUACGAAAAAUGUCAAGGACCCUGGAAUUACGGUGAGGUAGGCAGGAUAAUGGCCCCCAAGAUGCCCGUGUUGUGACCCCUAGACCUUGUGAGUGCCUCACAUGGGGAGAUUGUCCUAGGUCAUCUUGCAGGCCCAGGGCAGCCCCAUGGGCCCUUAAAGCUUGAGAGCCUUUCCUGCUGAGUCUGAGAGAUGCCAGAAGCAGGAGAGGUUAGAACCCGAGGAGGGCCGCACCUGCGCUGCUGGCCUUAGAGGAGGGCCGAGGAGUGUGGUGGCCCCUAAGCAGCUGGGACUGGGGACCUCCGUCCCAGCCCUGCAAGAAACUGAAUUCUGCCAGCAGCCCCCAUGAUGGAGGAAAGGAAGGACCCUGCCCUGCCAGCACCUUGACCUCUGACCUCCACAAUUGUAAGCCUGAGGUUUUGUGUAGUCACCAUAGAAAACUCACACACAUAAGAACUCUGUACUGAUUCAACAAUAGAACAUGUCACACACGAACUGGAAACUGAUUCUGUGGGCGACAAGAGUCUGUAGUAAACGUUAUGACAGAUUCUUUGAAUGCGCUAAUCUCAGACUGGACUAAAGUUGGGAUUAAAUUUAAUUUGUACUUGAGUUCAGUGCAUUGCUGUUCUGGGCAUAGGAAAUCCAGGUUGCUGGUGAUGAACAGCUGAAAAGAGCUGUGCAAGUGUCACCAUGGUUGUCUCUGUCAUUCAUGUGACCACCCUUUCCCUUGUAAAAUCAAGCAAGGGAGAGAUUAUUUUCUAAUGUAAAUGAAAAUAAAAAAUAAAGCAGCUUGCAGAAACUUGGUCUUUGUUUUCUCUAUUCUGUCCCCCCCACCCUUUCCAUAACACUCUUCUCCCUAACCUCUUGCCUGAGCCCUCCACGACCACUCCGGGACCACUCUGCUGAGGAGCUCACUGUUGGCGGGAGGGGAGAGCCUUCGUGAGAAGAUUCCUGGGAAGUCGUCUACUCGCGGCAACGGAGAAAUGGUGGAAAAAAAUCCAAAGGAGGCAGAGCCCUUCUGAAGGAGAGCACAGGAGGGGUGGUGAAGCUGCUGCUGCGGUACGGAGGGAACCCGCAGCAGAGCAACAGGAAAGGCGAGACGCCGCUGAAAGUGGCCAACUCCCCCACGAUGGUGAACCUCCUGUUAGGCAAAGGCACUUACACUUCCAGCGAGGAGAGCUCGACGGAGAGCUCAGAAGAGGAAGACGCACCAUCCUUCGCACCUUCCAGUUCAGUCGACGGCAACAACACGGACUCCGAGUUCGAAAAAGGCCUCAAGCACAAGGCCAAGAACCCAGAGCCACAGAAGGCCACGGCCCCCGUCAAGGACGAGUAUGAGUUUGAUGAGGACGACGAGCAGGACAGGGUUCCUCCGGUGGACGACAAGCACCUAUUGAAAAAGGACUACAGAAAAGAAACGAAAUCCAAUAGUUUUAUCUCUAUACCCAAAAUGGAGGUUAAAAGUUACACUAAAAAUAACACGAUUGCACCAAAGAAAGCGUCCCAUCGUAUCCUGUCAGACACGUCGGACGAGGAGGACGCGAGUGUCACCGUGGGGACAGGAGAGAAGCUGAGACUCUCGGCACAUACGAUAUUGCCUGGUAGUAAGACACGAGAGCCUUCUAAUGCCAAGCAGCAGAAGGAAAAAAAUAAAGUGAAAAAGAAGCGAAAGAAAGAAACAAAAGGCAGAGAGGUUCGCUUCGGAAAGCGGAGCGACAAGUUCUGCUCCUCGGAGUCGGAGAGCGAGUCCUCAGAGAGUGGGGAGGAUGACAGGGACUCUCUGGGGAGCUCCGGCUGCCUCAAGGGGUCCCCGCUGGUGCUGAAGGACCCCUCCCUGUUCAGCUCCCUCUCUGCCUCCUCCACCUCGUCUCACGGGAGCUCUGCCGCCCAGAAGCAGAACCCCAGCCACACAGACCAGCACACCAAGCACUGGCGGACAGACAAUUGGAAAACCAUUUCUUCCCCGGCUUGGUCAGAGGUCAGUUCUUUAUCAGACUCCACAAGGACGAGACUGACAAGCGAGUCUGACUACUCCUCUGAGGGCUCCAGUGUGGAAUCGCUGAAGCCAGUGAGGAAGAGGCAGGAGCACAGGAAGCGAGCCUCCCUGUCGGAGAAGAAGAGCCCCUUCCUGUCCAGCGCGGAGGGCGCUGUCCCCAAACUGGACAAGGAGGGGAAAGUUGUCAAAAAACAUAAAACAAAACACAAACACAAAAACAAGGAGAAGGGACAGUGUUCCAUCAGCCAAGAGCUGAAGUUGAAAAGUUUUACUUACGAAUAUGAGGACUCCAAGCAGAAGUCAGAUAAGGCUAUACUGUUAGAGAGUGAUCUUUCCACUGAAAACAAGCUAAAAGUGUUAAAGCACGAUCGCGACCACUUUAAAAAAGAAGAGAAACUUAGCAAAAUGAAAUUAGAAGAAAAAGAAUGGCUCUUUAAAGAUGAAAAAUCACUGAAGAGAAUCAAAGACACAAACAAAGACAUCAGCAGGUCUUUCCGAGAAGAGAAAGACCGUUCGAAUAAAGCAGAAAAGGAGAAAUCGCUGAAGGAAAAGUCUCCGAAAGAAGAAAAACUGAGACUGUACAAAGAGGAGAGAAAGAAGAAAUCAAAAGACCGGCCCUCAAAAUUAGAGAAGAAGAAUGAUUUAAAAGAGGACAAAAUUUCAAAAGAGAAGGAGAAGAUUUUUAAAGAAGAUAAAGAAAAACUCAAAAAAGAAAAGGUUUAUAGGGAAGAUUCUGCUUUUGACGAAUAUUGUAACAAAAAUCAGUUUCUGGAGAAUGAAGACACCAAAUUUAGCCUUUCUGACGAUCAGCGAGAUCGGUGGUUUUCUGACUUGUCCGAUUCAUCCUUUGAUUUCAAAGGGGAGGACAGCUGGGACUCGCCAGUGACAGACUACAGGGACAUGAAGAGCGACUCUGUGGCCAAGCUCAUCUUGGAGACGGUGAAGGAGGACAGCAAGGAGAGGAGGCGGGACAGCCGGGCCCGGGAGAAGCGAGACUACAGAGACCCCUUCUUCCGAAAGAAGGACAGGGACUAUUUGGAUAAAAACUCUGAGAAGAGGAAAGAGCAGACUGAAAAGCAUAAAAGUGUCCCUGGCUACCUUUCGGAAAAGGACAAGAAGAGGAGAGAGUCCGCAGAGGCCGGGCGGGACAGAAAGGACGCCCUGGAGAGCUGCAAGGAGCGCAGGGACGGCAGGGCCAAGCCCGAGGAGGCGCACCGGGAGGAGCUGAAGGAGUGUGGCUGCGAGAGUGGCUUCAAGGACAAGUCCGACUGCGACUUUGGGAAGGGCCUGGAGCCGUGGGAACGGCAUCACCCAGCACGAGAGAAGGAGAAGAAGGACGGCCCCGAUAAGGAAAGGAAGGAGAAGACAAAACCAGAAAGAUACAAAGAGAAAUCCAGUGACAAGGACAAAAGUGAGAAAUCAAUCCUGGAAAAAUGUCAGAAGGACAAAGAAUUUGAUAAAUGUUUUAAAGAGAAAAAAGAUACCAAGGAAAAACAUAAAGACACACAUGGCAAAGACAAAGAAAGGAAAGCGUCUCUCGACCAAGGGAAAGAGAAGAAGGAGAAGGCUUUCCCUGGGAUCAUCUCAGAAGACUUCUCUGAAAAAAAAGAUGACAAGAAAGGCAAAGAGAAAAGCUGGUACAUCGCAGACAUCUUCACAGAUGAGAGUGAGGACGACAGAGACAGCUGCAUGGGGAGCGGGUUCAAGAUGGGAGAGGCCAGCGACUUGCCGAGGACGGACGGCCUCCAGGAGAAGGAGGAAGGACGGGAGGCCUAUGCCUCCGACAGACACAGGAAGUCUUCUGACAAGCAGCACCCUGAGAGGCAGAAGGACAAGGAACCCAGAGACAGGAGAAAGGACCGCGGGGCUGCCGACGCGGGGAGAGACAAAAAAGAGAAAGUCUUUGAAAAGCACAAAGAGAAGAAGGAUAAAGAGUCCACAGAAAAGUACAAGGACAGGAAGGACAGAGCCUCAGUGGACUCCACGCAAGAUAAGAAAAAUAAACAGAAGCUCCCCGAGAAGGCUGAAAAGAAGCACGCUGCCGAAGACAAGGCUAAAAGCAAACACAAAGAGAAGUCGGACAAAGAACAUUCCAAGGAGAGGAAGUCCUCGAGAAGUGCUGACGCGGAAAAAAGCCUGCUUGAAAAGUUGGAAGAAGAGGCUCUCCAUGAGUACAGAGAAGACUCCAACGAUAAAAUCAGCGAGGUCUCCUCUGACAGCUUCACGGACCGAGGGCAGGAGCCGGGGCUGACUGCCUUCCUGGAGGUCUCUUUCACGGAGCCACCUGGAGACGACAAGCCGAGGGAGAGCGCUUGCCUCCCUGAGAAGCUGAAAGAGAAGGAGAGGCACAGACACUCCUCAUCUUCAUCCAAGAAGAGCCACGACCGAGAGCGAGCCAAGAAAGAGAAGGCCGAGAAGAAAGAGAAGGGCGAAGAUUACAAGGAGGGCGGUAGCAGGAAGGACUCCGGCCAGUACGAAAAGGACUUCCUGGAGGCGGAUGCUUACGGAGUUUCUUACAACAUGAAAGCUGACAUAGAAGAUGAGCUAGAUAAAACCAUUGAAUUGUUUUCUACCGAAAAGAAAGAUAAAAAUGAUUCCGAGAGAGAACCUUCCAAGAAAAUAGAAAAGGAACUAAAGCCUUAUGGAUCUAGUGCCAUCAACAUCCUAAAAGAGAAGAAGAAGAGAGAGAAACACAGGGAGAAAUGGAGAGACGAGAAGGAGAGGCACCGGGACAGGCAUGCGGACGGGCUGCUGCGGCAUCACAGGGACGAGCUCCUGCGGCAUCACAGGGACGAGCAGAAGCCCGCCACCAGGGACAAGGACAGCCCGCCCCGCGUGCUCAAAGACAAGUCCAGGGACGACGGCCCAAGGCUCAGCGACGCCAAACUGAAGGAGAAAUUCAAGGACAGUGCAGAGAAAGAAAAGGGCGACCCAGCGAAGAUGAGCAACGGGAAUGAUAAGGUAGCGCCAUGCAAAGACCCAGGCAAGAAAGACGCCAGGCCCAGGGAGAAGCUCCUGGGGGACGGCGACCUGAUGAUGACCAGCUUCGAGAGGAUGCUGUCCCAGAAGGACCUGGAGAUCGAGGAGCGCCACAAGCGGCACAAGGAGAGGAUGAAGCAAAUGGAGAAGCUGAGGCACCGGUCCGGAGACCCCAAGCUCAAGGAGAAGGCGAAGCCGGCAGACGACGGGCGGAAGAAGGGUCUGGACAUUCCUGCUAAGAAACCGCCGGGGCUGGACCCUCCAUUUAAAGACAAAAAGCUCAAAGAGUCGACUCCUAUUCCACCUGCCGCGGAAAAUAAGCUACACCCAGGAUCAGGUGCAGACUCCAAAGACUGGCUGGCAGGCCCCCACAUGAAAGAGGUCCUGCCUGCGUCCCCCAGGCCUGACCAGAGCCGGCCCACUGGCGUGCCCACCCCUACGUCGGUGCUAUCCUGCCCCAGCUACGAGGAGGUGAUGCACACGCCCAGGACCCCGUCCUGCAGCGCCGACGACUACGCGGACCUCGUGUUCGACUGCGCCGACUCGCAGCACUCCACGCCCGUGCCCACCGCUCCCACCAGCGCCUGCUCCCCCUCCUUUUUCGACAGGUUCUCCGUGGCUUCAAGUGGGCUUUCGGAAAACGCCAGCCAGGCUCCUGCCAGGCCUGUCUCCACAAACCUUUACCGCUCGGUCUCUGUCGACAUCAGGAGGACCCCCGAGGAAGAAUUCAGCGUCGGAGAUAAGCUCUUCAGGCAGCAGAGCGUUCCUGCUGCCUCCAGCUACGAGUCUCCCCUGCCACACUCGAUGGAGGACAGGGCGCCCCUGCCCCCGGCUCCCGCGGAGAAGUUUGCCUGCUUGUCGCCAGGGUACUACUCCCCAGACUAUGGCCUCCCGUCGCCCAAAGUCGACGCUUUGCACUGCCCGCCGGCUGCCGUUGUCACUGUCACCCCGUCUCCAGAGGGCGUCUUCUCAAGUUUACAAGCGAAACCUUCCCCUUCCCCCAGAGCCGAGCUGCUGGUUCCUUCCCUCGAAGGGGCCCUUCCCCCGGACCUGGACACCUCCGAGGACCAGCAGGCGACGGCCGCCAUCAUCCCCCCGGAGCCCAGCUACCUGGAGCCGCUGGACGAGGGUCCGUUCAGCGCCGUCAUCACCGAGGAGCCUGUUGAGUGGGCCCACCCCUCCGAGCAGGCGCUUGCCUCUAGCCUGAUCGGGAGCACCUCUGAAAACCCUGUCGGCUGGCCUGUGGGCUCGGACCUCCUGCUCAAGUCUCCACAGAGAUUCCCCGAGUCCCCAAAGCAUUUCUGCCCCGCGGACCCCCUCCACUCUGCCGCCCCAGGGCCCUUCAGCGCCUCAGAGGCGCCGUACCCCGCCCCUCCCGCCUCUCCUGCCCCGUACGCUCUGCCCGUCGCUGAGCCGGGACUGGAGGACGUCAAAGACGGAGUGGAAGCCGUCCCCGCCGCCAUCUCCCCCUCAGAGGCGGCUCCCUACGCCCCUCCCUCCGGGCUGGAGUCCUUCUUCAGCAACUGCAAGUCACUUCCGGAAGCUCCGCUGGACGUGGCCGCCGAGCCCGCCUGUGUAGCCGCUGUGGCUCAGGUGGAGGCUCUGGGGCCCCUGGAAAGUAGCUUCCUGGACAGCAGCCACGGCCUGUCUAACCUCGGCCAGGUGGAGCCGGUGCCCUGGGCAGACGCCUUCGCCGGCCCCGAGGACGACCUGGACCUGGGGCCCUUCUCCCUGCCGGAGCUUCCGCUGCAGACUAAAGAUGCCGCAGAUGUUGAAGCGGAACCCGUGGAAGAAAGUCUUGCUCCUCCAGAAAAGAUCCCUCCAGGGGCCCCCGUGGUCAUAAACGGUGGGGAUGUUUCCACCGUAGUGGCUGAGGAGCAGCCGGCACUGCCUCCUGACCAGGCCUCCGCCCGGCUCCCUGCAGAGCUCGAGCCUGAGCCCUCAGAGGAGCCAAAGCUGGACGUGGCUCUAGAAGCUACAGUGGAGGCAGAGACGGUGCCGGAAGAGAGGGCCCGUGGGGAUCUGGACUCCAGCGUGGAGCCCGCGCCCGUUCCCCCCGAGCAGCGCCCACUGGGGAGCGGAGACCAGGGGGCCGAGGCUGAAGGCCCCCCCGCCGCGUCCCUCUGUGCCCCUGACGGCCCCGCCACGAACACUGUGGCACAAGCUCAGGCCGCAGACGGUGCCGGCCCCGAGGACAACACUGAGGCCUCCCGCGCUGCCGCCCCAGCCGAAGGCCCUCCUGGCGGCAUCGCGCCGGAAGCCACAGAACCAAAACCCACGGCCGAAGCCCCGAAGGCCCCCAGAGUGGAGGAGAUCCCUCAGCGCAUGACCAGGAACCGGGCGCAGAUGCUCGCGAACCAGAGCAAGCAGGGCCCGCCCCCCUCCGAGAAGGAGUGCGCCCCCACCCCUGCCCCGGUCACCAGGGCCAAGGCCCGCGGCUCCGAGGACGACGACGCCCAGGCCCAGCAUCCGCGCAAACGCCGCUUUCAGCGCUCCACCCAGCAGCUGCAGCAGCAGCUGAACACGUCCACGCAGCAGACGCGGGAGGUGAUCCAGCAGACGCUGGCCGCCAUCGUGGACGCCAUCAAGCUGGAUGCCAUCGAGCCCUACCACAGCGACAGGGCCAACCCCUACUUCGAAUACCUGCAGAUCAGGAAGAAGAUCGAGGAGAAGCGCAAGAUCCUGUGCUGUAUCACGCCGCAGGCGCCCCAGUGCUACGCCGAGUACGUCACCUACACGGGCUCCUACCUCCUGGACGGCAAGCCGCUCAGCAAGCUCCACAUCCCCGUGAUCGCACCCCCUCCCUCCCUGGCGGAGCCCCUGAAGGAGCUGUUCAGGCAGCAGGAGGCCGUCCGGGGAAAGCUGCGUCUACAGCACAGCAUCGAGCGGGAGAAGCUGAUCGUCUCCUGUGAGCAGGAGAUUCUGCGGGUUCACUGCCGGGCGGCCAGGACCAUCGCCAACCAGGCAGUGCCAUUCAGCGCCUGCACGAUGCUGCUGGACUCCGAGGUCUACAACAUGCCCCUGGAGAGUCAGGGUGACGAGAACAAGUCAGUGCGCGACCGUUUCAACGCCCGCCAGUUCAUCUCCUGGCUCCAGGAUGUGGAUGACAAGUAUGACCGCAUGAAGACUUGUCUCCUCAUGCGGCAGCAGCACGAGGCCGCGGCCCUGAACGCCGUGCAGAGGAUGGAGUGGCAGCUGAAGGUGCAGGAACUGGACCCCGCCGGGCACAAGUCCCUGUGCGUGAACGAGGUGCCCUCCUUCUACGUGCCCAUGGUCGACGUCAACGACGACUUCGUAUUGUUGCCGGCAUGACACCGCGGGACGGCCGCAGGACGCAGGCGAGGGCCGCACGGCUGCCCAGGGCUGCUGCUGAGCCCCAGGGGCGGAGGAGGGAGCGCCCUGUCCACCCGGGCGGGGAGAGACCCCGAGAGAGACUGCACUUGGCCACAGCGUCUCCAUCCCUUCCAGACUGGUCCAGACGUCGGGGAGGUGAAACACGUCUCUUCUCUACCAGCUGCCGCGGCGGGGGCAAAGCCCCCAGAGUCUCACUGGCCCCGGCGGGAUGAGGAGACCAUGCCGGGCGCGCACACACGGCAGCUUCUGUUUGAAAACGGCGACCUUCGGGCCCUUUUCUCCAGCAACUGCAGAGGCAUUUCAGGAGUUGGAGAACGGAGUACAUUUUUAAAAUUUUUUGUUCCAUUCUGAUCAACUGAAGAAAAUUAAGGUGUCCACCUCUCACAAACAGUGACCUGCAGGUCGGAGGGGCAGGAGCCCCAUCCCAGCCGUGGUUCUGUUGCCGCCGAGCUGCGACGGCCUCAGACUGGGCUUCAGACCUGGUGCGGAGCCAGGCGGAGGGACACAGAGCCAGGACUCCCAGCCGUAUUGAAAUGGAGUCAAAUCCGCGUGGUUUGUAUCUUCUUUCCUUUAAUCUUGGGCAUUUUGUUUCUCUUUCUGAGAACGUAACUUGAAACACUACAGAGCCAAUAAUCAUAUAAAAAGUGUAUCCGUAAACGCUGUACAGUUUUAUAUACCUUCACAAUGUACUUUUGCUGCCUUCUAGAUAAUUUAUUUUGCAACACAUUACUGCACAGUUGUAAAUAACUUAUGUACUGUAACAUCACUUUCAGUUAUGUGUAAAGAAAUAAAUAAAUUAAUUAAAA